AUGAGUGGAUCGGCGAACAUUGAUAGUGAUCUUUCUGAUUUCGGGGGAGUAAUAAUACCAAACUAUCCAGAUGAUGAAGAACCAAUAGAGUUGGAAAUAGAGCCGUCUGUCGUAGUCGAUGACCUGGAAUAUUUACGAAGAACGUUCAAGAUGUGUCCUAAGUUUGCAGAAGAUGAAAAGGUUCCGGAUGCUGUAAUUUACCCUGAAGAGAUUCAAGGUCAUGUUUUAGGUGCACUUAUGGCUUCAUCAGCGUACAUUGAUGAUGCGGGAGUCAGCGCAGCACUCAUUGAUCAAAACUUAGCAGAUAUCACAAAUCGAUUCAUAACCUUGAAAAGAAUAGGAGCUGUUCUUAAUGAAUCAGAUGCGGCGAAAAAAAACAUUGAGUUAGUUUUGCGGAACCCCAUUUUUCGGGGAGUCAUUGAAGAAGUGAACACAUCUGACGGCAACCGAUACAGGCCUGUUGAAAAUAGCUGCAUUGGUGGAUUGCUUAGUGAACUCAAACGUUGUUUCAAAAAGAAAACGGCAGAAAUGGAGGCUAAAGCUCAGAAAAAACGUCGUGAAAUGGAGUUACCUGAUAAUAAGCAGAGACGUAUGCAUGGAAGAAACCUUCUAGUUAAUAUGAUGAAUUUGGUUAUAAAUGCACUGAGCGAGGAUAAAGUGAAAUGGCAAACGAUACAGACGUUUUACAAUUCCAUACGCGAACCUGAACACCAGUACCAUACAGAUUUGUACUUGUUUUAUGAGAAAUUGCUCGACUUGAACGAAUACCCUCAGUUGGAUGCUAAGGCUAACAAACAUUUGUUUGGCAAAAGUAAAACAACCAACUUCUUGGCUUUAACAGAGUUCAAUGAUAUAAUCGAAUAUUGCAUGACAGAGAAUCAACUUUACAUCUAUUUCAAAGAGCGUCUUACUGAGGAAAACUAUGAGAAGUUCAUUUACUCUGACGAAGAUAUUCAAUCCGUUCAAAAAAAAUGGGAAGAAGCCCAAGCACAGUUCGAUGAUAGAGGAAGAGAUUCCAGGCAUUUUAGAAGAAGGAGAGAUGAACGUGCUCAGUCGAAACUCAAAGAAGCAUGCUUACCGUCAGCUACCGCAACUUAUGUUCAAAGACUCAAGAGAAAUAUGGACGAGGAGGAUCUUUACCAAUCUAGUAAUUUGGACACUCCUUUUGGUUACGAACCACCUAAGACUAGCCACGAAGACCUAUCUACCGAUGAGGAUGAUAUUCUAUCUGAGAAAUGCUUCUCCGAUGAAGAUGAGGAUGUGCGGAAAGAGAAAGAGGAGAAGAAAAGGAAACGUCAAGAAGCGAUAGCUGCCAAGGAAGAGAGAAAGCAACAAAAAAGAGAACAACAAAGGCUCUUGGAGGAAGCUUCGGCCAACAGAGAGCAUGUUCCAAAUAUACCUGGCAGUGCUAACGUUCUUUCAGAAAUGGAAAAACAACCAGAAGAUCAGUUCACUCUGAGAAACAAAUGGGAAAAGACGGUCAAUGAAGAUCCAGUUCUUGCACCAGUACCAAAACCUGCGCCAGUUGCAUAUACUCAGUCGCAUCCUACUGUUCAGCCUUUAUUCGGGUAUAAUUCAUCAGGCAACAGUAGAACACCACCUCCCAAAGCAGUUCAAGAAAAAAGCUUUUUCGGCGGACCUUCCGACGAUUCACUUUCUCAAUCAAGAAGUACACGCAAUACUAGUACUACUAACCAGUUCGAACAAUACAACUCUUCUAAACCAGUGAAUGAUAGGCUCACAAAAACGUCUUCGUCUAUUCCUUCUAGUUCGAUGAGAGGGAUGAAUGAUCAAGUAAGCUCAUGCCAGAGUCCAUCACCCCUCUACAACCAUCCUGUGACACAAUCUUUUCCAUUGGAAAGGUUAGCGUCAUCGUGCUCUGUCACGUCAACAACACAUAGAUCGGGAGCAGUGGAAGAAAACAAAAUGAAGUUCCUGAGCUUCCUCAAAACUCAUGUGAAGUCAUUUAGGUCAGAAGAAUCACGUCAUAUGCGUCUUUUGUCGAAUAUAUCCGGCUCUUGCUAUGGUCAUCCCACUCGUUUGUUCGGUAGUAGGUAUAUAGAAGUCAUUCAAAGCUUCAUUCCACAGAUACAAGUAGAGGAUGUAGAAACUGAAGAUGGGUACGAAAUUCUUUUCAAAUGGGUAGAACAAUGA